AUGUCGAAACGAACAAGCAGCGCCGUGACCAACGGCAGCCUGAAGGAGGGCGGUGACGUGAGCACGCCUGCGCAGGACAAGCAGAAGCUUCUUCUCUCCUCUGAGACGGGCCAUUUUUCUCUCAUCCGAGCGAUGCACCUGGCUGACCUCAUCACUCUGUGCAAUGGCGCCUGCGGAACGCUCUCCAUCUUCACCUCCCUCAGCUACUGCCUAGGCGACCCGGCCGACCUCUCGACCAUGUACCUCGCCCUCUUCUUCCUGCCGUUCGGUCUGUUCUUCGACUUCAUGGACGGCAAGGUGGCGCGCUGGCGCAAAAAGUCGUCCCUCAUGGGCCAGGAGCUCGACUCGCUCGCCGACCUCAUCUCAUUCGGCGUCGCCCCAGCGUCGGCCGCCUACGCCCUCGGCCUGCGCACGCCGCUCGACCGCCUGCUCCUGACCUUUUUCGUCCUCUGCGGCCUCACGCGCCUCGCCCGCUUCAACGUCACCGUCGCCGUGCUGCCCAAGGACGCCAGCGGCAAGAGCCAGUACUUUGAGGGCACCCCGAUCCCCACGUCGCUCGCCACCGACAGCGUCAUGGCCUACUGGAUCUACACCGGUGCAGUCCUCGACAAGCUGCCCCUCGGCACCCUCUUCGCCGGCUCCUUCCUCGAGUUCCACCCCGUCGCCCUCCUCUUCGUCGUCCACGGCUGCCUCAUGACGAGCCGCCGCAUCCGCAUACCGAAGCCUUGA